CUGAGCCGGGACGUCCCCUUGGUCAGCUCCCGGCACUCCAGAGCCCGAGGCCACGCGCGAGAAGCCCAGGGCGCUCUGCUCUCUUCACUCCAGGGCGCACGCUGGAGGGUAGAGCUGGGAGGAAGAGGAGACAAGAAGGAUGGGCAGCAAGGAAGAUGCGGGCAAGGGGUGUCCGGCGGCCGGCGGCGUCUCCAGCUUCACCAUUCAGUCUAUCCUGGGCGGGGGCCCCUCGGAGGCGCCACGAGAGCCCGCCGGCUGGCCAGCUAGGAAGCGCAGCCUGUCCGUGUCCUCGGAGGAGGAGGAGCCGGACGACGGCUGGAAGGCAUCCGCUUGCUUCUGCCCAGACCCGCACGGCCCCAAGGAGCCCGGCCCCAAGCACCACCCCCCCAUCCCCUUUCCUUGCCUGGGUACCCCCAAGGGCAGCGGAGGCACAGGGCCUGCGAGCUCUGAACGCACGCCUUUCCUCUCUCCUUCGCACCCGGACUUUAAAGAAGAGAAAGAGAGGCUACUGCCCACGGGCUCGCCAUCUCCGGGGCCAGAGCGGCCGCGGGACGGCGGCGCGGAGCGGCAGGCGGGCGCAGCCAAGAAGAAGACGCGCACGGUCUUCUCUCGCAGUCAGGUGUACCAGCUCGAGUCCACCUUCGACAUGAAGCGCUACCUGAGCAGCUCGGAGCGUGCCUGCCUCGCCUCCAGCCUGCAGCUCACUGAGACCCAGGUGAAGACUUGGUUCCAGAACCGCCGCAACAAGUGGAAGCGGCAGCUCUCCGCCGAGCUGGAGGCGGCCAACAUGGCGCACGCAUCGGCGCAGACUCUAGUGGGAAUGCCGCUUGUGUUCCGGGACAGCUCACUGCUGCGCGUGCCGGUACCGCGCUCCCUCGCCUUCCCGGCGCCGCUCUAUUACCCGGGCAGCAACCUCUCGGCCUUACCUCUCUACAACCUCUACAACAAGCUCGACUACUGACCCGCCCGCCGGCCCCGCGCCGCCCGGCACUCCUCCCCGCGGCCCGGGAGCCUGGCGCGGGCUGCCCCACUCCCAGCGCUCCGGAGCGCGGCGGCGUGUUGCCAGAAAUAUUAAGAAAUACACCAUGUGUAUUCAUUAUCUCUUAUUUAUGGCCUCUGCCCUACUUUUUGUUUUGAUUGUUUUGGGCACUUAUCGGCAUUCCUCAAGCCAGAUCUCCAGCUUUCUACCCAAAACAACCAGUAUGCUUUGAAAACCACUUUGGAGGGGAUAUUCUCGGGUGGUAGUGGGAAAGGGAGUUUCGACCAGAUGGACGUUAAUUGGUAGGUAAAAAAAUCAGAAAAACACCAACAAAAACAGUUACAAUCCUCUCCCCAUAUAUACACCUGUAUAUAUGUACAUGCACACACGGCCGGCCACCCCAGCCCUUGAGGGCUUGCUUUUUGGACAAUUAUCUUAACGCCUCUUUUCGUUUCCCUUAUCCCGAGGAUGGGUAGGGGAGAAAGAGAGAGAUGUCAGAUCUGUAAAUAUUUUUAAAGAGGAAAAAAAUAAAACAUUUUAAACAUC